AUGGAAGCGAAGGAGACGGAGAAGGCGAAGGCGAAGAACGUGUGCCACCAGAUGGAGAUAUGGAAGCAGCUCAUCGACACGGAGCGGAAGACGGCCGCGAACUGGGAAGGCCAAUGGGGAUUCCUCAAAGGCGGCUUCUCAGCGGCCGGGCCUGCCGGAGCUGAGGGUGCGGGCGAAGAUUCGCGCAAGGUGACCCGCUCCUCUUCGACGCCAAGCCUUCCGAAGGACAAGGCCAUGGAGUACUUCACCGGCACCCGGGCCCGUGCCAAGUUGGACCGCUCCGAGGCCUUGCGGCAGCGCAAGACGCUCACGCCGCAGGAACGCUACAGUUCCAUGAGAAUCACCAGCCACGAGAUUGGCUGGCGGCCUUCCAUCGAGAGGUUCGGCGUCAGUCAUCAUGGCAUCAAGAGGGAUCCGGGUAUUUGGCCGGACUACUGA